AUGAAGUCCUUUACCGAGGAUGGAGAUACGUUCUACACCUCGGACGUCGUCGGCCAGUUUCGAAAAAUUGCCGCGACGCACAACGCCGUUUUCUGCUUUCAUGAUACACAGCCAAAGCCCAUCUACAGUUAUAUCACCAUGGAUGAUGCAGACAACAUCAAAGAAGUGAAGGAGAAGGUGAAAAUCAGUGACUGGGCCAACACAGGCUGCUACUGCUUCCGAGACGGUGCGGAGCUGGCCAAAGAGUGUGAGGCGUUGAUCAAGCGAGGCGAGACGCAGCUUAGUCAGGAUCAGAAAGGCGAGUUCUACACUUCUGGCGUUAUCGCGGCCAUGAUCAGCCGAGGAGCUCCUUUCAAGGGCAUCAAGCUGUACCGCAACGACUUUCACGUGCUCGGAACGCCGACGCAGGUGGCAGAAUGGUGCAGCAGCUGGCCCAACCAACCCAAGAUGCGCUUUCUCUUUGACCUGCAUGGCACGCUGCUGACAGCCCCACAGGAGGAGGGCGACCUCAGAAGUUGCCGGGCUAUCGAAAGGAACGUGAAGCUCCUGAGACGACUGAAGGCUCAAGGCCACCACAUCCUCAUCUGGACUGAACGUCCAGCGGAGCGUGGGGCAGAGCUCCUUGAUGCCCUGCGCCGCCUCGGCGUGGAGUACAACGAGCUCCACUUCGGCAAGCCGGUGGCAGAUUUCUACAUCGACGAUCGAGGUGUAGAUCCACUUCUCGGUGACAUCGACAAGCAGAUCGGCUUCUAUCCCACAGCUGUGAAGGUCAAGGAGGCCAGCCCUGAGAUCGAGGCCGCGAAGCUUCGGGUCGGGAGCGCAGUGGCAAGGCCGAAGUUGUCCAAGGAGUUUCUUCUCGGCAUGACGCUGGGGCUUUGUCUCGGCGCUAUUGCAGGAGUGGCUGCCAAAGCGCGGCUGGCGAAGUGA